AUGAUGAAAUGCACUGAAUAUCUUCUACUUCUCACCAUCUCAAUUAUUCAAGGUUCCCUGCAGCAAAAGAUUAUUGGUGGUCAGGAGGUCCAGCCCUAUUCUAUAAAGUACCAGGCAUCAUUACAGUACAACAACAAUCACUACUGUGCAGGAACUCUCAUCCACCCACAGUGGGUGGUUUCUGCUGCACACUGCUGGAAACCAAACUAUCUGAUCAAAGUAGUGCUGAGUGAGCAUGAUCUCUCCAAGAAAGAAGGACUGGAGCAGGUCUUUAAUGUCUCUCGAACCCUGGUUUACUACACAUACAACUACAGGACCUUCGACAAUGACAUUAUGCUCCUCAAACUCAACCAACCAGCUGAGCUGAACGCCAACGUCCAGCCAGCUAAGCUGCCCGGCUCGGACACCCCUGCAUUAUACGGGGGCAUGACGUGCUCAGUUAGUGGCUGGGGGGUUACACAGGUCUACAGCUACCAACUGUCUUCUGUACUACGUGCUGUGGACGUCCAGGUCAUCCAAAACUGCCAGUACUACUACUACCUACGUGUCACAGAUAACAUGGUGUGUGCCGGCUCUCCACUGGGAGGAAAAGAUUCAUGCCAGGGUGACUCUGGUGGUCCUCUUAUAUGUAAUGGCUAUUUUGAAGGUAUUGUUUCCUGGGGCAUCGGCUGUGCUAACCCCUACUUUCCUGGCGUCUACACCAAAGUUCGCAACUACGUGCGCUGGAUCAACUUGACCAUCACCAGCGAUGCCAAUGGCGAAUAG